AUAAAAUUGCAUUCAAAACCGAAUCCCAUCAUUCAACCCUCAUUUUGUUUAUUACUAUUUCCAAACAAAUAUUUCCUUCUCCCUGGCAACGCCCUACUGACACAACCCAUCUUACCUGUCAAACUCUGAAAAAAUUUUAUCAGCCAGCCAGCAUUUGCUGUCAACGAAAAAUCAAAACCAUACAUAAAUUUUGCUCACUUUUUUUUGUUGUCUUCUCACAGAAGUUUUGCAAAUAAAAUAAAACCAAUCUUGCUCAUUAAUUUUAAACAUAAAUUUAAACAAAUUAAUAAACCAACAAAAUGACUGAUUUAAAAGCAUCUGAAAUCGACAGUGAUAUGGAACAAAAUUACUCCCUAAAUAGCAAUGCAGAUCCAAAGAAUAUGCAAGAAUUAACAAUCUAUGUGCAAAAUCUUUUACAAAACGUUCAAGACAAGUUCCAAACUAUGUCCGAUCAAAUAAUCACACGAAUCGAUGAUAUGGGCAAUCGGAUAGAUGACUUGGAGAAGAGCAUUGCCGACUUGAUGAAUCAGGCCGGAGUCGAGGGACCAGAGAAUAUGUAAAAGAAAAACAAACAAAAAGUAAUUUUAUACAAAAAACAAAAAAAAAAAAAAUGUAUCAUGUUUAAACUAACCCACAAAAAAAAAAACCUAAAACCAAAACCCUGGAGGGAGGGAUUGAAUUAAAAAAAAAAGUUCCCUUCAAUAUUAUCAGAGCGGUGUGCAUUGAUGUGACAAAAAGAGAGGGAUACCAACCCACAAUUACAAUUAGAAUUUGUUUGCGUUAUUAUCAACGACGAACAACAUGAAAGCAUAAACAAAAUUAAUAAAAAAAAAUAUUAGUUUAUAGAACUUUA